AUGGCGACAACAGCGCCCGCCCCAUCAGCACCUCCCGCUCUGACCUUCCCUCGUCCCAUUUUCGCAGCCGUUUCACCCCACCCUUUCCUCCAAGCACACCUCUCUGCCGCCUCAAAAUCGAGCAAAAAAGGUCUCCGAGCCAAUGGCCGCACCGCACACGAGUUCCGCACACCAGGUCUUCAUACGGGCAGUCUGACACAUUGCAACGGCAGCGCAGUGGUGCGCUUGGGCAACACAAGCGUCGUCUGCGGUGUACGCGGUGAAAUCCUGAGGGAAGAAGAUAUCUCGGGCGAUGUACCGACGCCGAACCUACACGCAUCAGAGGACGAGAACCUGGAAGAUGAAGACGACAACGACGACAACGACGACGAAAUAUCCAAACUCCGCCUCCUCGUACCCAACAUCGAACUCAGCACCGGCAGCACACCCACCCACAUCCCCGGCAACGCACCUUCAACCCACGCCCAAACACUAAUCACCCGCAUCCGCUCCCUCCUCCACUCAACCCGCCUCCUCCACCCACGCACCCUCCGCAUCCUCCACACCCCACCCACCACCGCGGACCCACCCCACGCCCCCGAACGCCCACAACUAAAAGGCUACUGGGUCCUCUACCUCGACAUCUUCUUCAUCAGUAUCGACGGCAACGCUUUCGACGCCGCUUGGCUCUCCCUCCUCGCCGCCCUGCAAAACACCACACUCCCCCACGCCUUCUACGACGACCAACUCGAGCGCAUCCUCUGCUCCGACGACCCCACAGAGGCCCGCAGACUCGCGCUACGCGGCUGUCCCGUGGCCGCAUCGUUUGCGGUGUUUGAAGCGAGCGCCGAGGACGGGGAUGAUGAUGAUGAUGCCGGGCAGCGUGACGAGGACUCACGUGCUGCCGGUCAUUGGAUUCUUAGUGAUCCGGAUGCAUUUGAGGAGAGCGUGUGCACGGAGACGGUUUGUCUGGUCGUUGAUGGCAGGGGAGGCGGGGAGGCAGGGGUGGUGUUGCGCCGGGUGGAGAAGAGUGGGGGUGCGGUGGUGGGCAGGCGGGAAUUGGCUGGGUUGGUGGAUAGGGCGGGGGCGCGGUGGAGAGAGGUUUUUGCGGGUUUGGGGAGGGACGGGGUGCGGUGA